CCAUGGUUUGCAGCACCGUUAGAAAGCCAUUGCUUUCAAUUAAUUCCGAAAUAACGGAGUCGACAGUUCGCGACGAUGAUGCCGUCAGCGAUAGUGUCUUCGAUUCAUCAAACCAUGAGUCGAAUCAACCGAGACGCUUGAAUAGAACUGCCGUCUCCGAGGAUUCCGUGAUAGACUCGGAUACACUUGCUUCACCGAGAGAAACGGGCUGUAUUUCAGAAACGAGUGAAGAUGACGAAGAUUGCGAUGAAACCUUGACGGCGUCUGUUCAUCGAAUGGAGAAAAAGGCGAGAAAAAUGGAUCGAGUUCUUCGUUCUGCGGCUUGCCUUCCCGAAACUUCCGGAGAAAGUGGAAACAUUCACUCGGACUCUAGGGAUGAAGAAGACGAAGGCUCAGAGUCACAUUCCGAUGUGGAAAUGAUGAAUAUUUCGGAUGACGAUGAUGAUCGUAGCAUGCAUGCCGAAGGAGUCGUUCUUUCGUCGCAAGAUGUGUCACCCACAGUGGUGUAGUUUCUUGCCGGAGCAGAACUCUUGGUCAGCAAAACUUUAGGUCACUGCACCCCCCAUACCCUCACUCCCUCUUCUCAUCACUCUCUUCUUUACGCACACUAGUGACAGACUUGAGGAUUUGAGUUUACAGUUUGCUGGGUGGUGUCACAGGACUACAGUGAUACCAGGUCUAGUAAGGAUGUUCACACUGGAAUAAAGGGUGUCACAGGACAACUUCUUCACAGUAUACAGGAGUCCACUUUUUUGUCAUUCAAGUGUUACGAAGUUUUAUCCUCAAGCUUCUACACUGAUCAGAGUUGAAAGUGCAAACCUUCCUGAACUGUGGUUUGAAAAGUUGAUACAGAUGGAGCUCAACUUGACUGGUUGUGAGGACUGUUUGACAAUUUUAUUUGAACAAGUACAUCCUCAUCAUAUAGUACCUUGAGGCAAGGCCAGAUUAGAGCAGGUGCUAAUGAUGCUGCAGCAUCAUGGGCUCACUAGGCAAAAAAUAGGCCCCUGUGAAUUGAAAAAAAAAAUUAUCUAACUGGAGCAUUUAUAAUUUAAGAAUAAAUCUGAGGAAACUUGACACAAAUAAAAAUUGGUAACAGGCAAACUGCAUAUGUUAUUGGUUGAAAACAUCUGUACUCUCAUGCCUGCUUGUAAUGCUUGCAUAUACCUGGAUUAUCUGCUAGGAUUGCACAAUUUCAGAAAUCUAUACAUUGGUGACUGGCCUAGCAAACACAAGCAUGCAGUUGCAGGACUGCAUCAGCUAGGACAUUAUUUGUUAGGCAUCAAUUUGUACUUCAUGCAUAUGCAACAUCUAUGAGCAAAGUAGGAGACAAUCCUCUGUUAUAACUUUGCAUAGAUGUCACUUUUGCAUGAGAUACAAGCACUGAUCAGACCUCUUGCUAGCUAAUUUGGAACUACAGGGAUAACCAGCACUUGGAACUUCCUGAAGUCCAAUUAUGUUCAUCUAUGUCUGAAUUUCAUUAGAAACAACAUGUAUUAAAACCUCCCUGAGUCUCAGACUUUCCCCUCAAACCUCCAUACAUUAUUCCA